UCACUAUUUUUCGCGUGAAUAUUGCUCUUCUGGACCCCGAGGUGGCUCCGCAGUGGUGUUGCGGCUCCUCGUCCGCGGCGGAUCCGGAGAUCGGAGUGUCUGCGGCGGCGGGAGGCGGCAGCGGGACCCCGGCAUCACCGCAGGGUCCUAAGAGCGGUCGGGUGAAGAGGAUGUUGCGGCUGGCGGCGGAGCUUCUCUUACUGCUGGGACUCCUUCUACUGACUCUACACAUCACUGUGCUGCGGAGCAGUCCGCUUCAGCAGGGGAAUGACACUGUGAGCGCAGAGCAGGACUCACAGGUGCAGAAUAAGGUCAAUGCGGAAAGCAGCUCCUCCGUUCAGCUGGGGUCUGGGACGAGACAGUCCAGAGUGGCUCACAGUCCAGCAUCUCAGCCCUGGGUUCAGAGUCAAGUGACGGGGGGCAGCUUGCAGAGAGACGGUCCGGGAGGUUUCAUGCUCGAUUUGCAUAAGAUCCCUGAUCUUUCAAAAGCAGACAUAAAUGAACAGAACCCCAAUAUACAGGUUACUAUAGAAGUGGUGGACAGUCUUGAGCAGCCUGAGUCGGAAAAGGGAACGCGCAAAGAAAACAAGCCAGGCUGGACGGCUCCCAACUGGAGGAACUGGUUUCAACGUUCCUCAUCUUCAUCCUCAGCGUCAACCCCGAAGGUGCCCGAGGAACAGGACUACCCCCACGAGAGCAACACAGAAGACAGCAACUUCCUCAAGCCCCUCGCUGACUGGGAACGAAGAGGGGCUGCCAGCACGGGGAGCAGAACCCAGACUGAAUACGACUACAUAGAUGGAGAAGGAGACUGGAGUAGUUGGUCGCCGUGCAGUGUAACCUGUGAAAAUGGCAACCAGAAGCGGACAAGGUCAUGCGGCUACGCCUGCACCGCCACAGAGUCCCGGACCUGUGACAUGCCCAGUUGCCCAGGGAUUGAAGAUGCCUUCAAGACAGCUGCGACCGAAGUCAGUCUGCUGGCCGGCACGGAGGAGUUUAAUGCAACAGAGCUCUUCGGCGUGGACACGGACAGUUGCGAGCGCUGGAUGAACUGCAAGAGCGAGUUCCUCAAGAAAUACAUGAGCAAAGUGGCCAACGACUUACCCAGCUGCCCCUGCUCUUACCCAACCGAGGUGGCCUACAGCACCGCAGACGUCCAUGAUGACCCUACCAGACGUCACUUCCGUUGGAAAGACGCCAGCGGGCCAAAGGAGAAGUUGGAGAUUUACAAACCCACCGCACGCUAUUGCAUCCGUUCCAUGCUCACGCUGGAAUCCACCACGCUGGCUGCCCAGCACUGUUGCUAUGACGACAGCAUGAAGCUCAUCACACGUGGCAAAGGGGCCGGCACGCCUAACCUCAUCAGCACAGAGUUCUCCGCUGACCUGCACUACAAAGUGGACAUCUUACCGUGGAUCAUCUGCAAGGGCGACUGGAGCCGUUACAACCAGGCUCGACCUCCCAAUAACAGUCAGAAAUGUGUAGAGAACCCUCAGGAUGAGGACUAUUACAAACAGUUUGAGGAAGCUAGAGAGUUCUGAGUUGAAGGUGUUGGAAAAAACGUUGAACUUAUAAGGACUGAGAACUAAGAAUUAUUGCACAAAUGUGGAAAACUGUGGCUGUGUGUUUGAACAGGACUUGCUAUGAGAAACAUACACACAGUUUCCAUUGAGCACAGAAGAGCUCAGGAUCUUCGUAUGGUUUCCCUCAGAAUCUCCGGAUCAUAGUUGCUUUCAUGAAAAACUAUGAAAAAUAAUACCCAAGAUAAUAACCACAUAACUCUUCAUGGUUCUCUUUGUAUUGCAUAUAUAAGACUUGGGGUAUCUUGACAUCUAACUUUGUUUAUAAGGAAUGAAAGGGAAAAUUAUAUUAUAAAGGGAAAUCAAUGUCAGGAAUCAGCAAACUACAUUUUGUGAGCUAUGUAACAUUUUGAAUACAAAGUUCUCAACACUUUAAAAAACAGCAAGAGCAACCAGUUUUCAUGUUUUUGCAUGCUUAUUAUGCCCAACAUGCAGUUGGCAACCCUCUCCUCAGGAUCUAUGGAUAGAUCUACAAAUAUUGGGUACUAUAUUGGAAUGUUGGAUAAUGUUCACGUAAAUACAUUUAGUUGAUAUGAACAGAAUUCAUAUAUAAUGUCCUGUCGUAUUCCCGUAUUGCUGAAGAAAGUGAAGUCAAUCUCUGCAUAAUCUUUCAAAAGUAUUUAUUGAGUCAUAGUUAUGUGCCAGUAGGGAUUUCUAACAGAAUUUGUGCAUAGAGAUGUAUGGACACAUUUGAGUGAUAAAUAAACGGGCCAUAUCAUAUCACAAAACGUGCGUCAAAAUGUGCAGAAGAUGAGUUCUAUCUCAGAUCAACUGCUGAGGUCAAAGGUUCUUUCACCUUCUCCGGCAGUCGAAUUAGAUCCAUCCUCAAAUAAUAAACUCUUCCAAACACUUUAAGCCAUUCCACAAGACUCUUAUUAGCUCCAUCCAGAAACGGACCUAAGCUCUGCUUUUGAUGUCAGAUGGAGAAUAUUCUUCCCCCUUAAACAGGGCUCAAAUUCUCAAAUUCCUCAGUAAUUCUGCCAACUAUGAUCAUGCAAUCAUAUGAAUAGAGGACCACAUUCUUAGGGGCUACACUGAAACCUCAGAGCAUCCCUUUAGAUGUUUAUAUUAAUGUUUUCACGGAUGUUUUUGCAGUUUUUCUGGACCAAUCCCAGACCUGCGUUUACUGCUAUAUAAAUGUCAAACAUGUAACUAUUCUUUGCAUGCUAAGUGUUCAAAGAAAUUCAACUUUAAAUCCCACCUUG